UAAAUGUAAUACUCAUGUGGUCCAUCCAGGGCUCAGUUGCUCAGGUAGGUGGCACUGAAAAAGUGUUUAGAAGUAGACUGUAAGUCUGAUUGGCCAAUCAGAAACAGUCUUAAGUUUAAAGAGGGGUGAAUGUACAAACCGUCAGCUCUUUCUCCUCUGCAUUUUAAAGUGCAAUGACUUCUCGAACCUUGGCUUUGUACUCAGCAACUCUGCUUGUGGUGACUAUAGCUCAUUCGACAGACUCGACACAGACAUCGCCACGUGUUCACUCAGUAGAUGUUGGAAACAACGCGGCUUUGCAAUGUCUCUGUCACGAUGAUGCAGCGGUGAUGUUUUACUGGUACAAACAAAUUCUGGGACAGGAGCCGAAGCUCAUGUGUACAUUCUACAAACAUAACAAGAUUGCAGUCUUUGAGGAGGAGUUCAACAGCUCUCGUUUCUCGCUGGACACUGGAAAUCACAGGAAUGUUGUUCUGAAGAUAUCAGAUGUGAAGAUUUCAGACUCUGCGACUUUCCACUGUGUUCGGGGAAAUUUAAAUGACCACGGAUUCUGUGAAGCAACUACACUCAGUGUAAAAGGUUCGGGUCCGACUAUCCAGACUUUGGUCCAUCAGUCAGAAACUGAGAACAUCAAGCAAGGAGACUCUGUGAGGGGGAAAUGUACGAUACAAACUGGGAGCUGUGGUGGACAACACGGUGUUUACUGGUUCAGAAACUCUGAAGAAUCCCAUCCUGGACUCAUUUACACUCUGGGGGUCAGGAGUGAUCCCAGCACACAAACACACACCUGUGUGUACAACCUGCCCAUGACGGUCCCAAAUGGGACGUACUGUGCUGUUGCCUCCUGUGGAGAAAUUCUGUUUGGAAACAGAACCAAGCUGGACUCUGAAGGUGAAGCUGUCUCUCUUGUCUUGGUUUAUCUCCUGAGUGGAGCUUUGACAUUCACCACCCUGCUGGCAGCUGCACUGGCUUUCUCAGUCUUCAAAAUGAACAAAGGGCAGCAUGCGGCUUCCACUGAAAUGUCUUCAACAACUGCUUCCCCAAGUAUGCAGGAGUCCCAGGAUGGAGAAAACCUCCAAUAUGCUUCUGUAAGUCAUCAAAAGACCAACAUAUCAAGAACAAGAACAGAUGGAACAUUCAGAGAAUGUGUCUAUUCCAGUGUGAAGCGCUAGAGAGCCACCAUAUGUUUCAACUGGUUCUGAAAUGUGUUGAGUUAAUAGAAUUUCAUCACAGUUUGAAAUGUAAAGUGUUGCAGUAAAGUUAUUUCAUUAAA